AUGUAUAGAAGAGAGAGCUCCGUGAUAGAUACUACGGUUCCUCAAAGAAGAAGAACCCCUUCUUUCUCUUCAACUCUUUUGGAUGCAAUUUAUCGUUCCAUCGAUGAAUCAAACGAGCCGACAUUGUGCAAUUACAGGGAAACCAAAACAACUAAGAAGCAGAGAAGUGGUUCCAGUCUUCGACGGGCUAUUAUGAUUGAGGAUUGGGUUGAAAAGCAGAGCAAUCAGGACUCAGCAUCGCAUUUCAACUCCACUUCGACCUCCUCCGAUUCUAGCAAUGGCGCUAUCUUCUCAUCUUCCGAAGCCGAGUCGAGUUACAAACAGAAAUCGAGAAGAUCGAAACCGGACAAGAAGGACAAUCAAGAGAAGGCCAAGAGAGAAGGAGGUGGUGGUGGGUUCAACAAAACAAAGCUGAAAGCAUUGAAAAUCUAUGGUGAAUUGAAGAAAGUGAAGCAACCCAUUUCCCCUGGUGGUCGUAUCACUAACUUCAUAAACUCCAUUUUCAAUGCUAAUGCCAAGAAAGUGAAGAUGUGCUCUAAUGGAGUUUCAGAGGAUGUAAAUUUCCUACGAAAAUCAAAAUCUUCAGCUUCAUCACCCACUUCAUUUUCCAGGUCUUGCUUGAGCAAAACACCUUCUUCAAGAGGUAAUAACAAUAACAAGUACAGUAAUGGCAAUAAAAGGUCAGUUAAAUUUUGUCCAAUUACUGUCAUUUUGAAUGAAGAUUCCAGUCCUUGUGGCCAUAAAAAUAUAUACAGCGAUGAUCCCAGAUUAAUGUCCACCUCAACUGUUCAAAAGACUGUUAAAGAAUCUGCAGGUAGCACCAGUAAAGCAAGUGAUUAUCUAAGGAGCUAUCAAAGAAGAGGUAUCGGGAAACUGGAUUUGAGAGGCUUUAUUGAAGAUUAUGAUGAUGAAGAAGAUGACGACGACGAUGAUGGACUGAGUUGCUCGAGUUCGGAUCUUUUCGAGUUGGAUCAUCUCAUUGGAAUUGGAAGGUAUAGAGAGGAGCUGCCAGUGUAUGAAACUACUAGACUGAAAACUAAUCAAGCCAUUGUUAAUGGCUUCAUAGUGUAA